CUUGCGCGGAGACGCACACUUCCGGUUUGUUCGGUUUCGCUCUCGCACGUGGGGUUUUCGCCGCUCGCUACUUUGCGGGAUAUAAACCUGCUUUCAGCUCAGAAAUCGGUGAAAUAAACCCGGUGUGUGAUCACUUCAUCAUGUUCCUGCAGUACUAUCUGAACGAGAACGGCGAAAGGGUUUAUACUCUGAAGAAACUGGACCCGAGCGACCAGCCCACCAGCUCUGCGCAUCCGGCCCGCUUCUCACCGGACGACAAGUUCUCCAGACACCGAGUGACCAUCAAGAAGCGCUUCGGCCUGCUGCUGACUCAACAACCACGACCUGUGCUCUGAACGGGCCCCGGGCCCAGCCGCAGUGGACUGGACACAAUUCAUUAUUUUUACACGAAAAAUGUAAUUUUCAUUACUUUAAAUAUGGCAUCCUUAUUUGUUGUUGACCUUGAUGUUUAGUUUAUUCACGUUGCAAACGUAUGACUACGUAAAUGAAUCUUCAUGUGUAGUAAAAUAAAAUGAGUGAAUUUUU